UAUCCUAACGCCUUACCGGGAAUUCCUCUCUCUAAACAAUCCGCAUUCUUACAAGUUUCAACCAUAUAAACAAUGUUCCGAGAGCCUUUGUCUUCUCUUGGCAGAUGUUCAAUUUCCAUUACAUGUGAAACCAUAUUAAAUACUCCACGCUGCAAAAAAAGCGUAAAUUCCAAACCCAUCUACUCGAUCGCCGUUAUCGGUGGAUCAUCUCUCUCUAUUCUGAGGUUUUAUUCUCGAACCAAUCUACUUAUUAGUAUGUUUUGAUAUUUGAUUGAAGUGAGUUUCUUCAUUUGUUUUCUUAUGUUUUAGUAAUUCAUAUUCUUUCGUUGUUAAAGAUUGAAUCUUUUUGUGAGGAACAGGAUUAAUUUGGUAAUUUUUUUAGAGUAGUUGUUUAAUGCUGCAGACUUCAAUUGAUGAACUUCGAUGAAAUCGAUAUAUUUGUUUCUUGUUAUUGGUCAUGUAUGAUGAAUUCACUGGUCAAAUCUGGUAAAUUGUGGUGAUAUUCACAAAGUUAUAAUAUGUUUUCUCAAUGUCUUUUUUGGGUAAAACUGACCUGUUUUAUGAAUCUGUUGUCUUUUGUCUUCACUAAUCAAAGUGUUAAGAGUGUACUGAUGAUUUUUUUUUCUUAUUAACUUGUUAUCAUAUUCAAAUUAAUUGUCUUCCUUACCUUUCGAGUUGAAUUAUCUCAUGCGAUUUAAAGUUCGUUAUUGCUUGAAAGAUGUUGAUCUAUAAUAAGAGGCUGGUGUUGGUUUUGUUCUUGGAGUUUUUACUCCCGGCUGUAUAUUUUCAGUCCAUUUUGUAUUGCACAUUUGGAUGAGGAACUGUUGCGCUAGUAUAUAUUCUUGUUCACUUGCAUGGAGGACCAAUAACUGAAAAAAAUUACAUUCUUUGAUGCCAUUUAAGAUUCUGAGGUAACCACCCUAAGUUGCAUUGGACUUUUUAGAAAUCUUGUUUUACAGUGUAAGUAUAUGCUGUUGCUUUUAUAUGAUUAAGAUGAUUCCUUGUCAGUAUAGAUGGUGAGUUCAUAUUAUCAUAGCUCUGAUUAUAUAUUCAUGUGCAACUACUUUUCAUAUCUUCACAGCUGUUUGCCCACAACGCUUCUGUAGUUGAUAUUGUUUUCCGUGAAACAUAAUUGCGGAGAUGCAACGGGGAAGAAGUGCCCUCAAUUCCUUCCCUGAGCAAUUUGAUUUGAACCAAGGACCAGUUCCUGAAAAUGCCUCUAUGGAUCACUCAGGUUCCUGGAAUACCAUGUUGAACCCAGUGGAAAACCGACUUUCUAAUGACAUCAUUGGAGCUACUGAUGGAAAUGAUAGUUGCAUUGAUGGUGUUGCUCCGAGUUUUAGUGGUUGGGACCGUGGCGAAUCCAGCUCCAGUGCAAACAAUAUGCAAGAUGGAGCUCGUGGUGCUGAUUCAAAAACGAGACUUGGGUGGUCGUCAUCUUUUAAUGCUUGUUCUGAGCGCAAUGCAAGAUCGGAAGACUGGUCCUUUCCACAACCCAAUACCACCAGUAAUAGCAAUAUGAUUGCUGGCAGACCCCAGACCAUGCAAAAUCUCUGCUCAACCGAUGCUUCCAUGAAUUUAAAUUUGAAUGAUGGCCAAACGUGGAAUCAUGAUUACUACAGAGGUUCAGGAGCAGUUCUACCUCAUAAUCUCUAUAAAUCUGGUCAUUCGGUAAUGGACCAGAAUCCAACCUUUUAUCCUUCUUCAAGUGACAUGGGAACCUUUUCUGGUCGUUCUAGUACUUCUUCAGAAAAUUACGAUUUAGCUGGUCCGUUUGGUUCUUGGGGUUCAUCUUGCAAGAGAAAGGCUCUUGAUGGCAAUUCUGGACAAUUUUACCCCGGUGGAAGUUCGAGCUCGAAUCAGCCAAUUGACAAGAACAUAAUGCAGCAUCCAGCUCGUGGUAGGUACAAUACACCAGGAAAUAUAAGUAUAUCCUCUGGUCCGGUGAACUUGUCUUCAACUAAUCUCAUAGAACAAGUAAAUCCGAGUAUUGGCGCUGGGCUGAGUAGAGUGCCCCCUAGCCCUUCUCCCUCUUCAAGUGUACCAGGAGUGGCAGAAAGCUCGGGCAGACGUUUUGCAGCAAGAUUGAAUCAUGGGCGGCAUGAGCCAAUCCCAUUUGAUACACCUAGAAAUUCAUCCCUGAGGAGCUCUGGUGCUUACGCCUCCCAUCUUUCAAGACCUAUCACAAACAUUGAUUCUGCAGAAUUGAGGCCAUCGAUCACACUGCCAAUGAACCAAGCCAAUUCCUUGACUCAACCUCAUUUAAUGCCAGUAAAUGAGGCGAGAGGAACAUAUUCAUACCCUUGGAAUGGAUCUUUGAGUUCACGAGGCGGUAGUUCAUCAAGCUCUGGAGAAAGAGGUCAUGGAGCACCCGAGGAUAUUAAUGUUAGAAGCUCUCGUAGAAAUAAUCUCGAGUACCCCAUGACCAUUUCCGCACCCGAGACAAGAACUGUCCUGCCAGAUCAAAUCGAUUGGAGUUUUGCUCCUGGAACUUCUGCAUCGUCUAGGAAUCAUCCUACUGGUUCACGUAUUGGCCACAGUUCUGGAGGCAGAACCCAUUCUGGUGCAUGGUUGCCUCAUCAAAACCCGACAUCACCAAAUCAUCAAAGGUUAUCGGAAUCUUUUCCUUGGCUUCCCACCCAUCGAGUUGAGCCUGAAUCCGGGACAGCUAGAAGCCAUUUUGCUCUUUUGUCUUCUGCCUUUUCUUCAUUGGAUGAGGCAGCUAAUAGUAGUCGACAUCAUUUAGAUCAAAGGUCAGCAGCUCUGUUGAUGGAUAUACCAGGUGCUGAAGAUGUUAUUGGUAGGCGUUCUUUGGCUGCUGUUGAGGGCAGACAUAGACUGAUACGACAAGUCCUGAAUGCGAUGCAGAGGGGUGUCCACUUACAAGAUGAGGAUUAUAUGCUUAUUGAUCCUUUUACGAAUGGAUUCUCUGAGUUGCACGACAGACACAGAGAUAUGAGGCUUGAUGUCGACAAUAUGUCCUAUGAGGAAUUAUUGGCUUUGGAGGAGCGAAUAGGGAACGUGAGCACUGGACUCAGCGAAGAACAAAUCAGCGGCUCCAUGAAACAGCGCAAGUAUGAAGGAGCAGGAAGCUCGCUGCCAAACAUUGAGCCGUGCUGUAUAUGCCAGGAGGAUUACAUUACUGGAGAAGACAUCGGAAUAUUGAACUGUGGGCAUGAGUUUCACACCGGCUGCAUCAAGCAGUGGCUUAAGCUGAAGAACCUUUGCCCCACGUGUAAAACGACGGCCUUGGGAUCUUGAAGGAAAAAUGGCGUUUCUGGUGGGAUAGCAACGCUUCCCUCUUAAAUAACAUCGUCCUUAUCCCGUUGCAGGGUGUCUUUUCCUUUUUUUACAGUUGCGGUCGAAACUGGUUCGCUCUCCCCUCACAUGCUUGGUGGACUCAAGAAUGAAGAGAUCCACAGGGGAGCCUGUGUGAACCAUGCUUUUAGGUUUAAACUUGGUAGUGAAUAAUUUUUUAUUCUUCAAAAAUGAAAUGUUUGUGCCUUUGAACUAAUAAUACUAUUACUGGCAGACAUUCUUGGUUAUUGUUAUGUACUUGCAAAAUUUUCAA